GUUCUGCCGCGCUGGCCAUCGUGUUAUUAGAUCACGCUAGUUGCAUUGUGUUUGUUAGCCACAUAUUUCCUGGAUAUAAGCAACUACAUCGAAAAUGUCGGCCCCGAAGGUGCACGUUCUUGUGGAUGGAUAUUCUGUUCUAGAGGGUGACGGGAAAUCAAUGCGAGCAAACUGCACUUGUUCCGUUGUGGAGGGACCUCCACACAUUAUUGUGGAUACCAUGACUGCCUGGGAUGCAGAAAAGGUACUGCAAGGCCUGUCGUCACUCGGUCUCCAGCCAGAAGACAUAAGCUAUGCUGUCGCCACACACGGACACUGCGAUCAUGUGGGCAACCUGAACCUGUUCCAGGCAGCCACCCAUGUGGUGGGCACGUGCGUCUCCCGGCGGGACGUCUUUACGCUGCACGACUUUGAUUCUGGUGGGACUGUGUUUCCUUUGUUUCAUGUCCUCCAAAGCCGUCAAACCAUGCAACAGUCGGUGGCACCUGUGGCAAACCCAGCAUUGCUCCCCUGGUUUGUGACGCCUCUGCGCCCGUCCGCAGAGCCGUACAAGCUGUCCGAGUUUGUGGACGUGAUCGCGACGCCGGGCCACACCAGCGAGGACGUCAGCGUGCGCGUGCGGAGCCGCCACCAGGGCCUGGUCAUCAUCGCCGGUACAGCGUGCGGCACCGUGGCCGUGUGA